CUUCAGUUUCACGUCACUUCUUCACUCACUACUACUCCCUCCCUCCCAAUAUAAUUCAUUCAUCAAUUUCUAUAAAUACCAAACCUUGACACCCACCACAUCAUUCUAUAUUUCUACCUAGCUAGCUUCAUUUACUCUUUCUUAUUAAUCACUCUAUCUAUUUUCUUCUUCCUCUCUAUAAUGGGAGAUCAUAACAACAAUGUUAAUCUUCCACCCGGUUUUCGAUUUUAUCCAACUGAUGAAGAACUUGUCGUCCAUUUCCUUCAUAGAAAGGCUUCCCUUUUACCUUGUCAUCCAGAUGUUAUUCCUGAUCUUGACCUCUAUCCUUUUGAUCCAUGGCAACUUCAAGGAAGAGCUUUGGAAGAGGGAAAUCAAUGGUACUAUUAUAGUAGAAGGACACAAAAUAGAAUGACUAAUAAUGGUUAUUGGAUGCCAAUGGGAAUGGAAGAACAAGUUUUAACAAGCUCAAGUAAUAAGAGAGUUGGUAUGAAGAAAUAUUAUGUUUUCCAUAUUGGUGAAGCACCUGAUGGUAACAAAACUAAUUGGAUAAUGCAAGAGUAUCGUCUUUCCGAUUCCGCUUCUUCCUCUACUAGAUCAUCUUCAUCCAAAAGAAAAUCAAAAUCAGAACAUAGUAGGUGGGUGAUAUGUCGAGUUUAUGAACACGAUGAAGAUGAUGAUGAUCAGGAUGGAGAUGGAACAGAGUUGUCUUGUUUGGAUGAAGUUUUCUUGUCAUUGGAAGAUCUUGAUGAAGUAAGCUUGCCAAAUUAGAAGAUGCAAAUGCAAUGCAAGUGAUCAUAAUAUAUAGAGUUUAAUUAAUUACUAGCUACAUUUUCCAAAUGGGAAAUACAAAAAUAUCUAAGCUAAUUGUUGUUGUUAUCAAUAGUAUCAUUUCAUUUUACUUACAUGUUUUUAUUAUUGUAGCUACUUAAAUUAAAUUAAAUUGAAUAUAGCUAGCUACUUUAGCUGCCAUUGUAAUCAGUGAAUUAUAGCUUAUAGAUUAAUUUCAAAUCAAUAUAGCAGCCCUGCAAGUGGGGCACUAGUACUAGAUAUGAAAUGAACUUCAUGACCAAACAAUAUGCAAUAUGACGUUAUGCUUUCAAAGA